GAUGUUUUGUUUGCCAAUACAUUAGCUAAAUUAUACUCUAUCACUUUCAUUUGCUCUACAGUUUAUAGUGCUGUUAAAGCCUGGUGAUUACUUACUAUGUUUUGUGGUGUUAACUUUGAUACUGUUGUGUACUUUUUCCUCUUUUCUCUUGUGUUGCCCCAAGGGUUAAAGAUUUUUCUUUGGAUAUCAUGUGUUCUAAAAUUCAUUGCUGUAAGGCAACCAAUUUAGAAAAAGCAGUUCUCCAUUAUAGUCCACAUGAAACAUUAUAAACCGUGUUUUGAAUAAGUUAAUAAUCAUCUAAUUUUGGCUUUAGACUGCAGUUUAAUAUAAUGGAAAAGAGUAAUCUUGAUAAAAAGUGGUUUAAAAGGGUGCAUUUAUUGUUAAUGAACCUCAUAACCAAAAACAGAUGGGACCCCCGAUCAACGGUAAACCUUUGGUUCUCAGUGUGCCACCCUGAAGUACAAAGAUAAAUAGCAUUAUUAUUUCUCAAACUUUAUAGUUCUUCAGUUGGCACUUCUUAAGGUUGCUUUUACCUCCAGAUUAACCAUCACUCUUCCCUUGCUUGAUUAUGUAGGAUGAAGCAGUCUGUAGUUAAAAAAUGCUCACAGAAAGCCAUGUAAUACAAACUGACUUUCAACAAAUCAAGUGUAAAUAGUUUAGGUAUAAUUUCUUUAAUACAAGAUAUGUUAAAUUAAUAGACAGCUGGGAGAAAUUGGUAAUUAUCAGUGUCCUUUUUCCUAAAUAUGUUCCCCUUAGUGUUGGUAUUCCUAAAUUAAUAAUUCUCACCUGCUCUUGUCAACUGUAGUUAAAACUUAUUUUAGAAGUGACUUUUAUAUUGAACUAAUAUCACCUUAUAAACAAUGUAAAAUAUUCACUAAAACAACAUAAUUAUGUUUUUUCCCGAAAUUACAGUACUACCUUCAUUGCAUAAUGAGAUUAUUUUUGAAUACUGGGAAUGAUGUUUUACCAAUAUCAAGGUUUUUUGUUUUAGCGUGAACUUAGCACAUCCCCCUAUUGUGAUAUAAAGUCUUUUCAGGUUUUGCUUUUUAAAUGGAAGAACACAUUUUAUUGGUAAUGCACAAGUAAAUGUUAACUUUGAAAGACAAGUUGGCUUGUAAUUCUUCAGCACCUAGAAUAUUUAAAGAAACCCUCCACUUCUUGCUGUUCGCUUAGGGAUGAAAUGACCCAGUAUCAUGUGUGACCCAAGACUUGACUAGACCUUUGGUCAGCAGACCUCUUGAAACUUUGAUAAUAGAAAACUUGUCUGUGUUAGUGUGGGAAGCCAAUUGGGAAUCUAAACAGUAUUUAAAAAUGUUCAUUGCCUUUUGAGAUGUUGAAUAUGUUUUUCUCAAUUAAAACACGUGUAAAACAUGAACAUGCACCAGGUUUAGUAUUUUAGAGUGAUUAUUCUAUCUUAUUAAAAUGUUGCUGUUGUGGUAUGUAAUGGGUUUGUAGUUUUUAAAAAUUACAACUGCAUAAAUACAAUUUGUUACUUUUCUUUCUAGCUUGUUCUAAAAGCAAGCCGGAUUUUGUUCACUUUAGUUUUGUUUGUAAAUAACAAAUCACCUUUUUAUUAAUGUUUGUUGAUACAGGUGCCACAAAUUAUUCAUUUGAACAGAAAUGUGCUACUAUCUAGAAAUAUAGUAACACCUGUAUAAUAGAUGUGUAGCUUUACAAAUAUAUUUGUAGAGAGAAAAGUCUAGUAAAUGUUUUUAUGGGACACAUACAUAGCUAGAAACCCUCACCCAAUUGUAACAUGUCUCUCUUCUCUUUAAAUACUGGCAGGUAAUCUUUGUAGAGAGUGACUGAGUAUGGAUCAUUUGAACGAGACAACUCAGGGGAAAGAACAUUCAGAAAUGUCUAACAAUGUGAGUGAUCCGAAGGGUCCACCAGCCAAGAUUGCCCGCCUGGAGCAGAACGGAAGCCCUCUCGGAAGAGGAAGGCUUGGGAGUACAGGUGCCAAAAUGCAGGGAGUUCCUUUAAAACACUCUGGCCAUCUGAUGAAAACCAACCUUAGGAAAGGAACCAUGCUUCCAGUUUUCUGUGUGGUGGAACAUUAUGAAAACGCCAUUGAAUAUGAUUGCAAGGAGGAGCAUGCGGAAUUUGUGUUGGUGAGAAAGGAUAUGCUUUUCAACCAGCUGAUAGAAAUGGCACUGCUGUCUCUAGGGUACUCACAUAGCUCUGCUGCCCAGGCCAAAGGGCUAAUCCAGGUUGGAAAGUGGAAUCCAGUUCCACUGUCUUAUGUGACAGAUGCCCCUGAUGCCACGGUAGCAGAUAUGCUUCAAGAUGUGUAUCAUGUGGUCACACUGAAAAUUCAGUUACACAGUUGCCCCAAACUAGAAGACUUGCCUCCUGAACAAUGGUCGCACACCACAGUAAGGAAUGCUCUGAAGGACUUACUCAAAGAUAUGAAUCAGAGUUCAUUGGCCAAGGAGUGCCCCCUUUCACAGAGUAUGAUUUCUUCCAUUGUGAACAGCACUUACUAUGCAAAUGUCUCAGCAGCAAAAUGUCAAGAAUUUGGAAGGUGGUACAAACAUUUCAAGAAGACAAAAGAUAUGAUGGUUGAGAUGGAUAGUCUCUCUGAACUAUCCCAGCAAGGGGCCAACCACGUCAACUUUGGCCAGCAGCCAGUCCCCGGGAACACAGCUGAGCAGCCUCCGUCCCCAGCACAGCUCUCCCAUGGCAGCCAGCCUUCUGUCCGCACCCCUCUUCCGAACCUGCAUCCUGGGCUUGUAUCAACACCUAUCAGUCCUCAGUUGGUCAACCAGCAGUUGGUGAUGGCGCAGCUGCUGAACCAGCAGUAUGCAGUGAACAGACUCUUAGCCCAGCAGUCCUUAAACCAACAAUACUUGAACCAUCCUCCCCCUGUCAGUAGAUCUAUGAAUAAGCCUUUGGAGCAACAGGUUUCAACCAACACAGAGGUGUCUUCCGAAAUCUACCAGUGGGUGCGUGAUGAACUAAAACGAGCAGGAAUCUCCCAGGCAGUGUUUGCACGUGUGGCAUUUAACAGAACUCAGGGCUUGCUUUCGGAAAUCCUCCGGAAGGAAGAGGACCCCAAGACUGCAUCCCAGUCUUUGCUGGUAAACCUUCGGGCUAUGCAGAAUUUCUUGCAAUUACCAGAAGCUGAAAGAGACAGAAUAUACCAGGAUGAAAGGGAAAGGAGCUUGAAUGCUGCCUCGGCCAUGGGUCCAGCUCCCCUGAUAAGCACACCUCCCAGCCGCCCUCCCCAGGUGAAAACAGCUACGAUUGCCUCUGAGAGGAAUGGGAAACCAGAGAACAAUACCAUGAACAUUAAUGCUUCCAUUUAUGAUGAGAUUCAGCAGGAAAUGAAGCGUGCUAAAGUGUCCCAAGCACUGUUUGCAAAGGUUGCAGCAACAAAAAGCCAGGGAUGGUUGUGUGAGCUGUUACGCUGGAAAGAAGAUCCUUCUCCUGAAAACAGGACCCUGUGGGAGAACCUGUCCAUGAUCCGGAGGUUCCUCAGUCUUCCUCAGCCAGAGCGGGACGCCAUUUAUGAACAGGAAAGCAAUGCUGUGCAUCACCAUGGUGACAGGCCGCCCCACAUCAUCCAUGUUCCAGCGGAGCAGCUUCAGCAGCAGCAGCAACAGCAACAGCAGCAGCAGCAGCAACCACCGGCCCCUCCGCAGCCGCAGCCGCAGCCGCAGCCGCAGGCACAGGCGGGCCCCCGGCUCCCCCCACGGCAGCCCACCGUGGCCUCCCCCGCGGAGUCAGAUGAGGAGAACCGACAGAAGUCCCGGCCACGAACCAAAAUUUCAGUGGAAGCCCUGGGCAUCCUCCAGAGCUUCAUCCAAGAUGUGGGCCUGUACCCAGACGAGGAAGCUAUCCAGACUCUGUCAGCCCAGCUCGACCUCCCCAAGUACACCAUCAUCAAGUUCUUCCAGAACCAGCGGUACUAUCUCAAGCACCAUGGCAAACUGAAGGACAACUCCGGGCUGGAAGUGGAUGUGGCAGAAUAUAAAGAAGAGGAGUUGCUUAAGGAUUUAGAAGAGAGCGUCCUAGAUAAAAAUGCUAACACCCUUUUUUCAGUGAAACUAGAGGAAGAGCUCUCGGUGGAAGGAAACACAGACAUUGAUGCUGAUUUGAAAGACUGAGAUAAAAGUAUUAUUUUCAUUCAACAGUGCCACUGGUAUUUACUAAUAAAAUGAAAGUCCACCUUGUAUUUGUUCAAACUAUCUUUGUUGUUCAUGGUUUGGCCAAUGAAUCUUCAGAAACUUGCACAAACAGAACAGCUGGGAAAGGAUAGUACAGACUGCACUAAAUGUUUUACUCUGUCUUAUAAACUGGUUGGCAGUCCCAGGUGAAGCAGCGAGGAUUGUUUGGUAUUAAAGUUUGUGUUCAAGGGGUACAAGGUGUGUACCCCAUAAGCAUGAUACCAGAGAUUUUUUUUUUAAAUAUUCUGGAGCCUCAAAUAAGCAUUAUAACUUCUGUGAUUAUCAUUUCCUGUCCUUCAAUUAUUUCUGUAACACUUCACACUGACCUUUAAAAACUCGCCCCUUAUUUUAAAAAAGAAAAAAAAGAGUUUGUUACUCUAUUGUAUGUUACAAAAGAACUGUAGACUGUGGAAUGCAGUUUAAAGAUGACAUAUGCCAACAAAUGCCUUGUAUUAUAUGGCACUGCCGGAAGUCAAAUUUGUUUUUAUUUUGGGAAUAAAGGUUCACUGUCAUUUUUUUUCGUUCUCAUUGUUAUGUGAUUUUUUUUAAAGAAAAAAAAGGAAAAAAUGUGAAACACAGUUUAGUCCUCAUUAUUUAUUUGUAGAUUCUGCAGCGUCAUGUUGUAAUUAAUUUUUUGGAAGUUUCCGUUAAAUGCAAUAUUGCUUCUCUUGUUACCAUACUGAUUCUUUUCUAUUUAUAAAUGUAUUUUGAUGGGCAGUAAAACAAAGUGUCUUAAAAGUUUUAAAUAGAGAAAAUGUGCUUUACACAGUUGCCUAUAAAAAGUGCUCUAUGUUAUCCAAGCAAUUCAUACUGUAAGCUUCACUCUUAUUGUUGUAUGCAAUUUUUACUAUCAUGCAAAUAAGCUUAGGUAAAUAAACUAAUAGAUCACCUUAGAAAAUUAUGCAAUUAAUGUGAAAAUAAUCGAUGUUUGCAACGUGUCUUCCUUUGGUUUACAAUCAAUUUUAAAGCUACAUCUGUAUAAAAUUUCUGUAUAAAGGUGUAUUUCUUUUUUAUGAGUUUAUGGCUAUGAAAACACCAGCUAUUUUGUUACAGCUGGUUGUUUUUAUAAGUGUACCACAAUUUUCUUUCUGCAGAAAUGUUCUGAAUAGGAGUGGUUAUUGACUGUAACUACACAAUUAAAACUGUUUGUAUGGUAUGACAUAGUAGGGUUUGUCUGCUUAUGUGAAGUAACUGACCCAAGUCAAAGGGUGGCCCUCAUUUAGGUGCAUGUUAAUACUUGAAGCUAUUUUACUGCUUUUAAAAAGAACAACUGAAAAGUCACUUGGAAUACUGUAAAUUUAAAUCACAAACACAUGCUCAUUUUUUAAUAGGUGUGAAAUUUUACAGUGAUAACUUGUUUGGGGGUAACAUUUUGCUUAAUAAACAGAGAUAGGACAAUGAAGACUCCAACAAAAGCAUAAAUCUAGUCUUCAGUAGUUACUUAGAAAUGGUUCAUCUGCAUUUAUUUCACAAUCCUUCAAGUAUGGCAACACUUCCGUAAGCUAAGGCGUAUUUUAAAGGUCAUUAAAUAGUAACAAAAUAGGUGGGAAAUGUGUGUUAAAACCUUUUAGGGAGCAUUGUUUUUCUUUUAAGAAGAGAAAGUAACUCAGUUCACUGCAUAUGUCAUAACUAUAAGAACUACAUGAAGAAAAUAACAGCUGGAAUUUCAUCACAGUCUUUAAAAUUCUUGCGAGGUAAACAUCACAAAGGAUUUGGGCCAGUGGUGCAGUUCUUGAUGUUUCUCAUUUGUGUUUUCUCUCUACCUUUCCUUCCUCGUCCCGCAGCUCCCUCGGUGGUAGGGGUGUCUGGAUUCUGGAGACCUGGAUGGGGUUCUGCAGUUGCCCUUUCUUGUUUUGCACCAUUUCCACAGGCCCCUGUGAGCUCGUUAGUAUGUAAGUGGGCACCUUUAACAUUGAGCUUUUACUUAGGAAGCUCAAAUUGGAUCAUUGAGAACUCUCAAUAAAUCUUUAAAAUUUCAUUUACUUUUGAAGCACAGCUCAGCUACACUGAAGGCCGCUGGUUUGUUGCAAACUACUUGGAUCCUUUUUAUGAGAAAACUGUAAAAUUUUUUUGCUAGAGUUCAGAAGAGUAAUCUUUUGAGCCAAAGGAAUUUGAAUUAAGAAAAUAGCAACCAAAUUUCACAUUAAACUAGAAUGCAUCUUCUUUCCCCUAAAUUCAAGAGAAGAGGCUUAGAUUAGCAUCAAGUCGAAUUGAUGUCCACUUGUAACCAGUGCAACAUUCAAUGUAAGUUAUCAAAUAGGAAGUUUAAUAAAUUUUUGGAAGAAAUAGGAUUGCAAGUACAAUUUCACGUUUUUAAUAGGCUGAAUUCUUUUUGAAAUGUUUUCAAUGAAAUAAAGACAUUUUGAUUUAAAAUUAGCUACUUAGGUAAUUUUUUAAGAUUUUAAAGUCAGCCAAGUUUUUGCUUACUAGUGUAAAAGUACAUGUUAAACAACGAUGGUCAUGAGCAAGACUGAUCAAAAUUGAACAGGAUUUUCAGGGAAGACAGCAGGUUUCAGAAAACAUGUCCAAAUGGUCCUUUUCCCCCAGUGUCACUUUUUGGCCUUGCCAACCUUCUUGUUUGUUGCCCAUGACUAUGGCAAAAUCCCUUUAAUAAGCUUCAUUGUGUCCAGGGAUUCUGGAGACUUAAAAGUUGGGCCUAUGACAUAGUGCUUCGUGCUGUUCAAGACCUUAGCAGAGUCAGGUAGUUUACGGGUAAUAUGCAACCUUGUGCAUCUGAAUCUGUCAUGGAUUCCUUCACUCAGCACUUUGCCACUAAUUUGUAUUACACUCUGUGGCCAUAUAAUACUUGCACAUUAUGCAAAAAAUAAUGUUGGUAGUAUCUUCUUGCCACACAAUAUGCAGAGUUGACACAUAACCUUUGAAAACCAAGGUUACUAAUACGUGUGCCCUAGCUGUGUGGCACUUGAUAACAAAGGCUGUACAUAUUAUAUAUAAGAUGUGUAUUGAGUAGCAUUUAGUCUUCAGGAUUUCUGAGCUUGAAUAGUUUUCUUUUCCUAAGUAGUAGUAACUGUACUUAACUGUGUUUACUUAAAUACAUAGCUUGAGUAGAAAACAUUUAAAUGGAUCAGUAAAAAUGAGAACCCCAUACAUUCCAUUAUAAAUCCUGCACUAUUACCUAUUGUUAACAUCUGGCUGAUAUUAAGGUCCUUGAUUGUCACAAUAUUUUUAAUAAAUGAGAUAUUCUGAA